GAAGAGGAGGAAGAGGAGGAGGAGGAGGAAGAGGAAGAGGAAGAGGAAGAGGAGGAGGAAGAGGAGGAGGAGGAGGAGGAGGAGGAGGAGAGGCACAACCACAGUGGACCUGGAUGAAAAGUUCACAACCUGAAAACAACACAAAGGUUUUAGACAACAGCAGGCUGCUGUGCACAGUGUGUAAGAGAGACUUCCGGAGUCUCCCGGCGCUGAACGGUCACAUGCGCUCUCACAGCUGCUUGAAGAAGGGCGUGGUGAUGCCGGUGUCUGUGCCCGUCCAAUCCAGAGCGGCGUCCAAGGCGUGUAGGGCUGGACAGAGGAGAAGCAGUCGCUCGUCUCCAGCCACCGGAGGCGCUGUGCUCUACCGCAGCCUGAUGCACCUGGAGGAACAGGAAGUGGUCACUAGGGGCAGCGCAGCGGCCAGAGAGGUCGAAGGUCAUUACACCCCUCCGCCCAUGCUGUGUCCGAUCAGGGCGGGGCCGGGGCUGUACUGCUCCAUCACCACCAGGAGGCAGCGGAGAGCACCGACCGUUCAGCUUCACAGCUCAAACAAUGGACUCAGUGACCUUGUUGCCAUGGAGACAGCAGCAGCAGAGAUCAAUAAGCCGAGGAUCAAUGUAGGGCGGGGCUUCCAGGCUGAAGUCCCAACUCUACGCAACCAUAAAUACGCCCACUCUGACUCCCAGAAUGCAUUGUGGCUGUGGACGCCGUGUGACGAGCUGGAGAAACCUGUCAAUCAACAGCGAGUCACGACUCUGUUGACGAUGGCUCGCUCCAGUGUGGUGCCAGGGGGCGGGGCCAGCCCAGAGUACGCCCUCAACGUCCUAUCACAGUGCGCAGGAGAUUUUCUGCUGACGCUGGAGAAACUUCUGUCGCCUCCCGAGUCCUCGGACAGGAGCCGCGCAGACGUGGCGUGGAGCGCGGCUGAGACGACGGCGCUGGUCAAAUCUCUGCGGCUCCAUCGGAAAGAUUUCAGCAGAGUCCAGCGAGCGGUUCAGACCAAGUCCGUCUCGCAGUGUGUGGAGUUUUAUUAUCUGUGGAAGAAGCAUCUGAGUCUGAGAGCGAGGCCCCCUGCUGGGCUGACCGUCACUCUGCCCGAGACCACAGUCAGGAGCUCAUCAGACCAGCAACAUGGAGACCAGCGUGACCCUGAACGACCUUCACACAAGAGGAGGUCAUGAGAACGACUAGUGAUUGUGUUUCUCUCAUCGUGUCAUCAAGUUGUGUUUAACAAGUAAAGGUUAUAUAUAUAUUUGUAUACAAAUAAAGAAUAAUCAAUAAUAACCAGUUCAUUCAUGUAACCAUGCGACUGGUAUGUGUUUACCACUGGUUCUUUCUGAGGAGACGAGACUCAAACCAAAUAAAAAGUCAACUUUGAAAUC